CUAUGAUGUCGAUCUUCUAUAACUUCGGUGCAGGUUGACCCGCUCACGAAGUUGGUCAAGCACGUCCCUCUGGGUUCCAUUUUUAUAUGAGCUGGUCCCCGUUGAAUUGGAAGCAUCUCUCUCGCUUUUCACACAGCAAUUACUUCCACUCACUCUCUCUUUUCAAAAUGAAGAUUUCCGCCCUUCUUUCUCUCGUCCCUCUCGUCGCCGCCCUGCCCGGCAAGCAGGCUAAGCAGGCCAAGGGCUCUGAUGCCUCCUUCGGCGUUAUCUCCGCUCGUUCCGCUUCUCCCAUCCACCUUCUGCCUCUCAACGCCGUCGGUAGCUACUUCUACCUCGGCGGUAACGCUCAGUCCUACUGCCCCGAGGGCAUUCCCGGCUGCAAGCAGACCAAUGAGACUGUGAUCACAGGAGGCCACUUCCUGGACGUCAUGGUUCCCGGUGGCCAGGCUAUCUUCGUCGACCCCAAGGGUGCCCUUCGCUUCACCGCUCCGCACUCCGCCUACGAGCCUGCUGGCUCCUCCGACGGUCCCUUUACCUACACCCCUGGUAACUCUUUCGGCCACUGGUCCUACGAAGGCCAGGGUGCCUCCGGCUUCAUGGCUUGCCCUACCAACGGCACUACUACCUACCGCCGCUCCCGCCGGGACGCUGCCGCCCCUAAGUGGCAGGUUUACGCUGCUCUGCAGAAUGCCACUGUUCCCUCUGGCAGUGUUUCGGACUGCAUCGGCUUCGAUGCUCUUGCUGUGGCUCACAACUCCACUGUCCCAGCCACCUGGGAGUACAUCUAAGUGUUUGAGCCUGGAGCUUGACGCUUGACUGUACAGAUACAGCGACCAUUGGAUUUGGAGAGGAAGAUAGAACGGAAUGCUUCCAAGUGUUGCUGUUAGGACUGUCUUCUAAGUUGUAUAAAGAUUGUGAUAUACAUUGAUUUUAUUGUCCAGCCUUAGUCUUUCGUUACAUAUAACAUGAUGUAUCAAACAGGUGCACAAAAAUGACAAAACUUAAACCAUUCUAUUCUAUUGAAAAAAAGAG